GGUCAGAACACUUCCGGGUUCAUCUAGUUGUUUAUCUGAGGGCUUUCUCCUGGAACUGUGGUAAUUAACGACAGUCUGUGAAGUUAUAGCUCAUUAUACCUGAAUUGACUGUUGAAACGUUUUAAAGAAUAUCGGUCUCAGGUGACCGAAUAAGGCAGCCUGUCGGCUAUUUCAAUAGACCAUGGAAGAAUCGACGCCAGAGUCACUGGAUGUGAUUCCUUCAGAGCAUAGAUCUGUUUCUCUGCACGCAUUACGGGUUUCUUCUCGUAAAAGACUCUCUCUGUAUCUGAAUCUCGAAGGACGGUUACCAAACGAGGAUGGGGUUGUGCCAGAUUUUAAUGGCUUGGCAGAACUCGUUGGAUUUUGCUAUCUUGAGAUUAAAAACUUUGCCCGCGAUCGAGACCCGACGGCAGCCUUGAUCGACGAAUGGAGUUCUCGUUCCAAUCUGAAUCCAACCCUCGGACGUCUCGUCGAUUACCUCGGACAGAUGGGAAGGGAAGAUGUUUUGACCGACUGCAAGACUAGCAUUUUGGCAGAUAUCGAAGUGUAUCUCAGAAGCUGUGAUAGUAACAAAACGCAGAAUCACCUAAUUCAAGAUGACACAGUUUCUCAGAGCAUUAUAGACUACACCGAUCACCAUACCGACGAAACUAAAACCAUGACAACCGAUGAUGUCGAAUCUGGUCGCCCGACCUACUACGAUGCCUUCGUGUGCUACAACCCCGAGACAGAUGACUUGCAGUUCGUGAAGAAGAUGAUCAGCAUCCUAGAGGGAUCCGACUUCAGUCUCAAACUCUUCGUUCCCUGGAGGAAUGAUCUGCCUGGUGGAUCCAAAUACGUCAUUGAUGCCAAACUCAUCCAGGACAGAUGUCGACGAUUAAUCAUCAUACUGUCACCACAGUAUCUCAAGAGUCCGGCCUGUGACUUCCAGACUAAGUUCGCACAGAGUUUGUCACCAGGAUCUCGCAGUAAGCGUCUAGUUCCGGUUCUCAUCGAGCCGUGCCAGAUACCCCAGAUCCUGCACCACGUGACUCUGUGCGACUUCACAAAGGACGACCUCAAGGAGUGGUUCUGGCAUCGACUGGCGAGUGCCGUGCGGGCUCCGAUUGAGCAGAAAGACAUGGGCAUAAUCUCGUCCGUUGCCAAUGUCCAACUCAGUCUGGACCUAUCCAGUAGCACCAGCUCCUCGGUGAAGUCUGAUUUGCUGAGCAUUGAUGUACCAAUGACCCAGAAUAACUCUCCUAGUGGUCCAUCUCCACCCAGCAUGUCUGCUGGUUCGUCUCUACACAGCAUGUCCGCUGGUUCGUCUCUACCCAGCAUGUCUUCAUCGUCGUCGUCAGAGAUGGGGUCAGUCAGUCCAGUCACGAGGAAAAAGAAGAAAAAUGCAUUUACGAAACUGUUUUCUCAGAAACACUGAACAAGCGGCUCACAGCUUUUCCCAUCAGAGAAACCAGCUGCAUCAACCACAAUAAUUUAAAGGGACAUUCCUGAAUUAUUUCUACGAUUAAACUAACAUAUUAAAUAUAUUUUCUUGUUUAGAAUAUCAGUGUCAAUGUGUUUCUGGUUAUCUUAAUAUUUGUAAGAAGCUCAA